AUGUUUGCCUUCACCCCCCUGCUCGUCCUCGCAGCCAUUGGCCUCGCCAAUGCUUCUCCGCACACGUCCUCGUCGGCCGCACCGACGUCGACGGGCGCCGCCUGCACCAGCUACACCAUCAUCGACACCCGCGGGACGGGUGAAGCCCAGGGUGAAUCUCGCGGCUUCACGACGAUGAACCAGCGCAUCAUGCAGCAGGUCACCGGCGGCUCCCGCUACGACACCGUCUACCCUGCUGGCUACAACCAGGACAGCUCCCAGGCCACAACCGACAUUGUCAACCACGUCAACGCCAACACCAACACCUGCUACAUCCUCGAGGGCUACAGCCAGGGCGCAGCGGCCACGGUCAACGCCAUGUCGAAGCUGACGGGCGCUGCAUUCAAUGCUGUCCGCGGUGUCAUUCUGAUCGGCGACCCUCUGCACAAGGCCGGGCUGGCUUGCAACGUGGACAACAACGGCGGCGACACGACCAAGAACGUCAACGGAAUCUCAGCCGCUGGCAGCGCCGGCAUUCCCUCCAACUGGGUCAGCAAGACCCUCGACAUCUGCAUCAAGACGCAUCUGCUGACCGUGUUGGAUCUUUGCAACCAGGGCGACGGCGUUUGCGACACCACCGACGGGUCUGGCAUCACCUCGCAGCACCUCCAGUACCCCAACGACUCGCCCACGCAGACGCUGGGCGCCAACUUUGCCAUUUCCAAGCUCAAGUAA